AUGGCGCGUGCGGCUGCCGUCUGCCUAUUCACAGCUCAUUUCCUGGGCUGCAUUAUUGUAUGCCGUCAAGACAGCACCAACAACCGGCCACGAGACCAGAGUACUGUCUCGGAAUCAUCUAGAAGAUUUAGAACAGAGUUCCUCGAAGACUGGCCACAAACACCCGGAGCUCCAUACUUUGACCCUAGUACUCCUGAAAAUGUGACCGGCCUAGUUGGACACCCAGUCACACUGUUAUGCAAAGUUAAGAAUCUACAAAAUAGAACUGUAUCAUGGGUACGUCACCGCGACAUCCACCUACUGACAGUGGGCCGCUACACGUACACGUCGGACCAGCGCUUCGAGGCGCAGCACAAGCCGCGCUCCGAGGAGUGGGCGCUGCGCAUCCGUAGCCCGCAGCGCCGUGACUCCGGCCAGUACGAGUGCCAGAUAUCUACCACACCGCCAAUAGGACACGCUGUACAUCUUAAUAUUGUAGAACCCGAGACAGAGAUCAUGGGAGGUCCAGACCUGUUCAUUUACGCGGGGUCUACAAUAAACCUGACAUGUAUUGUCAGACAUACUCCAGAACCGCCUAACACUAUUAAUUGGACGCAUCGAGGGAAGACAAUAAACUUCGACUCGACGCGUGGUGGUAUAUCCUUAGUCACUGAGAAGGGUAUACACAGUAGUAGUAGACUACUAGUGCAGUCAGCACGGACGACAGACGCCGGCACGUAUCAGUGCGCGCCGGACAACGCUCAGUCAGCGACAGCGAGAGUUCAUGUACUAACUGGUGAAACUCCCGCAGCGAUGCAGGGAAGUGCACAGUGGGCGAGCAGUUUCAAUCUACAAACUUUAAUAAGCAUUGCAAGUGUUAUAUACUUUCUCAUAGUGUAA